AUGCCUCUCGCAAAGGAUCUCCUUCAUCCCUCUCCAGAGGAGGAAAAGAGGAAACAAAAGAAAAAGCGCCUGGUGCAGAGCCCCAAUUCCUACUUUAUGGAUGUGAAGUGCCCAGGAUGCUAUAAAAUCACCAUGGUCUUUAGCCAUGCACAGACGGUAGUCCUGUGUGUCGGCUGCUCCACUGUCCUCUGUCAGCCUACAGGCGGGAAAGCAAGACCCACAGAAGAAUGCUCCUUCAGGAGGAAGCAGCACCGAAAAGCACCGGAUUCGAGAUGA